UCGUUAACUCGGGUAUUAGCGAAAAUCUCAGCUCUCCCAUUUAUCACCCGGCUCUUCAUCUGCGUUUUAAUCGGAAUUGCGAUAUUUCCGACUGCAUUUCAAAGCCGCAUUGGUAUUCAAAUUUUAAAAGUAGCGCGUCUUUCCGGACAAACAACCCCCCGGGACAAAGUAAGGCUAAAACAAAUAUGAAACGUCCUGGAAAUGUAACCCCAGCGUAUGUAGGAACAUUUGCUCUGCUGCUUUGCCUGCAUUCAGUCACAGCUGACUACUGUAAGGUAAAUCACUGCUACAAUGGAGCAACAUGCGUGACUGGAGUAGGAGAGGAACCCUUCAUCUGCAUCUGUGCCGAUGGCUUUGGUGGAGACACCUGUAACCUGACAGAGACAGGACCUUGCAGUCCCAACCCCUGCAAGAACGAUGGGUCCUGCGAGGUCAUCGCUCCGACCAGACGAGGAGAUGUUUUCAAUGAGUACAUCUGCAAGUGCCAGCCCGGCUUUAAGGGAGUGCACUGCCAGAUCAAUGUAAAUGACUGUGAAAACCAGCCUUGUAAGAAUGGAGGGCAAUGCCAAGAUCUGGAUGGAGACUACUCCUGCCAGUGCCCCUCACCGUAUGUUGGAAAGCAGUGCCAGCUACGGUGUGUUUCUCUGCUGGGGAUGGAGGGAGGAGCAAUCGUGGAGUCCCAGAUUUCUGCUUCCUCUGUGCACUAUGGCAUUUUGGGUCUUCAGCGCUGGGGCCCAGAGUUGGCUCGACUGAACAACCAAGGCAUCGUCAACGCCUGGACGUCAGCCGCACACGACAAGAACCCCUGGAUCGAGAUUAAUAUGCAGAAGAUUAUGCGUCUGACGGGCAUCAUCACUCAGGGUGCCAGUCGCCUGGGCACAGCUGAGUACAUCAAAGCCUUCAAGGUGGCGAGCAGCCUUGAUGGAAACUCCUACAUCACUUACAAAGUGGUAGGCCAGCAGAGGGAUAAGGUUUUUGUGGGCAACAUAGAUAACGACCGCACAAAGACGAACCUUUUUGACGUUCCUAUCGUGGCCCAGUACAUCCGCAUCAUCCCCGUGGUUUGUCGCAGGGCCUGCACGCUGCGUAUGGAGCUGCUGGGCUGUGAACUUCAUGUUUAUUCAAACACGGCAGGUUGCUCAGAGCCUCUUGGUAUGAAGUCUCGGUUCAUCUCAGACGGGCAACUUUCAGCCUCCAGCUCUUACCGCACGUGGGGCAUUGAUACUUUCACGUGGCACCCUCAGUUUGCCCGGCUGGAUAAGGUGGGGAAGACUAAUGCAUGGUCUCCUGCUUACAACAACCGCUCAGAGUGGAUCCAGGUUGAUCUAGAGAAGACAAAGCGCCUCACGGGCAUCAUCACACAGGGUGCAAAGGACUUUGGAGUAGUGCAGUUUGUGUCAGUAUUUAAAGUUGCUUACAGCAAUGAUGGGGAGUCCUGGAGUACGGUGAAGGAGAACACUGGAAAUGAUAAGCUCUUCCAGGGAAACACUGACAACAACACCCAUAAGAAGAAUCUUUUUGAGCCUCCGGUCUAUGCUCGAUACGUCCGAGUCAUCCCCUGGGAAUGGCACGAGCGCAUCACUCUGCGCAUGGAGGUGUUGGGCUGCGAUGAUUAGAAACUAGUCAAUAACCAUUUAUCAGCACUCCAUCCUCAUCCUCAGAUGCUCCGUCUGCUCGCACCACAGCAGAGGACAGAUUGCAAACGGAAUCAUUUGCUUUGUUUUUUACUCCAUGGGAAUCAUAUUUGCUGAAUAGCUUGGACUUUAACACUUGUAGCACUUUGACUGUAGCAACUCCCCCCCCUAAUGUUUACAUUGCUAAAAGUUUGUUUGAUGCUGCAACAUUGAACUGCUCACAGAUCCCUCACAGAUUGAUCAUUUGUCCUUUAGGAGCUUUUUUUUGCACAGAUCUUCUCUUAGUCUGUCUAAGAAUGCAAGCCCUGAGAUUUUCCCGGUGUAAUACAGAGUGUAUUUAUGGCAUUUCCAACCACACAGGACAGGAACGCUUGUCCAGAACAGGAAAAUGAUAACUUUCACAUUUUGACUCCACGGAUGAGUAGGGUUUUCUGUUUGUUUGUUUGUUUUGGGGGGGGUUUAAACACAUUUUGACACCUUUUUGCUUUGUUCCUAAAC